GAACACUAUGUAGUGUUUGCACUCAGACGAGCCCAUGUCAUGUCGCCUCCACACCAGCAGGUGGUGCUACAGCGUCAGGUUGAUGACGGAGCCACUGAUAAACUACAGUAAACAGGACGUCGCGCUCUGUGGCUGCAUGAGCCCUGGUUUAAAAUAGAUCAGGAUGGUUUGCUUAUGCAGUUGGAAUUAGAAUAAAAGUGUGUUGUUUUUCUUUUCUGUUGGAUGGCUGAAGAGGUGAGAGAUGAGGUUCUAACAGCAGUGGUAUACACUUCAGGAAAUGCCAAAUCGUCUUAGGAGUCAUGGAUACUGGUUUGCCAUCUGCACCAAGCCUACGCCGGAUAAAAACAGAACAAAACACACAAUGUGUGCCACUUAAAAAUGGCUGCAUCUUGUCGUUGCAAACUGUCGACCUGCCCUCUGACUUAACCUGCCCUGUACGAGUUAAACAGGAAUCAGAUCUACCUCAGUCAGAAUAUUUACCUUGUCCUCAAUUUGAAGAACUAAAGGACGAGUCUACUGAGAUGAAUGAAUUCAUUAAGGAGGAACAGCAUGAUGACUCUAGCCUGACCCUAACCAGUGAAGCAUCUCGCCAGGGUGAUGAUAACUUACCACAUGGCCUGAUUCCUCCCAUUGAAAUGGAAGAUGACGAGUGUGAUGUGGAAUGUGCAGAAAACUUAAAUACAUGUUUAAAUCAAUUUUUAAAUAAAAAAAGAAAUGCUGCUAAAAUAAAGCUUCAUGCUUCAAAUACAGACAAGACAUGCACGCGCAAACAGAGGAAGGCACCGAAACAUACGAAAUAUCACUGUGUCAAGGGCCGUGAUGGCAGGACGUUGUUAAAAACGCGCGCACACACUGACAGUGAAGAAGCAGUCUGGUGUGAAACUUGUGGAAAAGAGUUCAAACGGUUUGACCUUCUCAGCGACCACAGGAGAGUGCACAGCAGAAAAAGGCCGUACGCCUGUGAUCAGUGUGGCAUGAUGUUUGCCAAACCUGCUUAUCUGAAAAUCCACCUGCGCAGACAUGCUGGGGAAAGGGCAUUUCCUUGUGACCAGUGUGACAAGAGGUUUUUCGACAAGUACGAUUUAGGAGUACAUCAGCGAGAUCACACAGGAGAGAGACCAUACGUGUGCCGAGAGUGUGGAAAGAGCUUCAAGCGGAUUUAUAUACUAAACAAGCACAAGAAAACUCAUUCAAAUGAAAAACCUUUUGAGUGUCAUGUCUGUGGGAAAGCCUAUAAAUAUGGUUACAGUUAUAGGUUACACAUGAAAAAUCAUUCGGCAUAGAUUUUAUCAUAGUCACACAGCAAAAAAUAAGAUUGAAAAAGAGCUUAAAAAAAGACAAAAAAAAUAUAACUGUUAAUAUAAAUAAUAUAACGUAAAUUAAAAAAAAAAAGUUCUGAAUUUUUUUUUGAUGCAUUAUUUUGACAUUUUGUUUUUUUAAUUUCUUAUUGAUGGAUUUAUUCCUUUUAGCCUGACUACACAGAUAUGAAAGGUUUUAACAUAUCAUAUAAUUUAACACACUUUUUUUAUAACAACAAUAAACUUGGUGAAAUAGCUUAAAACUGAUAAAUAUAUUUAUGCAGUUAUUUUUGCAGUUUGUACUGAGAAUUUAUGGAUAUGUUUAUUUGAAGAUCAUGUGACUACUAUGAAUGCAAAAUAAGAAUUUGUCUACUAUGUUAGAGAAUUCAUUCUACCAGAAGGUGUUGGUCUUUUGUCUGAUUCGUCUUGAGAGUCCACUAUGAAAGAAUUGCACUGAUUAUUCCAGUGUGUGUGUGUGUGUGUGUGUGUGUGUGUGUGUGUGUGUGUGUGUAAUGCCUGUAUAAUAAUUCUGCAUUUUUCUUUCCUGAAGUGAGUGAAGUGAUAGAUUUUAACCCCUAAUGCCAUGCUAUACUUUAUGUACUAGUUUAAGUAUAAUAAUAAACAUUUUGGGAGAAGGU